CAUAUGGCCAAAUAGUCAUUAUCAGAGCAAUACAAUCCUCCCUUUGUCAUCAUACCACACGCUUAAAUUUUGAUGAAAUAAUUGAGGAAAACCACCGUGUUAAGUAUACUAUACUCUUUUCUUUUAUUGACUGUUAGGACCAGGAUUAAGUGCUCAUAAAAUUAUUGUCUCAGAACUCAGAAUCAACCCAACUCUAAAAACUUAGACAUUGGUUCAAGGAGUAAUAACAGAGUAGUAAAAAAUGGCAGAUCAAGUUUUAAGUGUUCUUAUGUUCUUAUCAUGCAGGUUGUCAACCUUUCUUAGCGAAAAGGGAAGAAUCCUUGGAGGGCUUCGACAAGAGGUCCAACUCAUCCGUGACGAAUUUGGUCAUAUGAAAGCUUUCCUCCAGAAGAUAGCAGAAUCCAGAAAUGAGCAUGAUCCCCAGCUCAGAGAGUACAUCAGGCAAGUGAGAGAAUCUGCUUAUGACACUGAAGAUCUUCUAGAUGAAUUUAUGCUUCUCUUUGCUCACAAGCCAUCAGUAGGAGUCCAUGGUUCUGUUCUUCGCAGUUUCAAAACUAUAAAAAAUUUGCCUGCUCGUCAUCAACUAGCGACCACUUUGGAAAGCCUCAAGAGUAGAAUUAAAAACAUUUCUGAAGCUCGGCUUAGAUAUGAGUCGCACUAUGCUGAAAAUCUAGUCCAAGUCCAAAGCUGCCAAUCAGCAAGCAAUCCAUGGAGACGUAAUAAAGAUGAUGAUGCACUUCUGGCGGAAGAAGCUCUACUGGUAGGUAUAGACAAGCCGAAAAAACAACUCAUCUCGCAGGUUGUUGAAGGCGACUGCCAGCUCAAAGUUAUUGCGGUGCUUGGCAUGGGAGGACUUGGCAAAAGCACUCUAGUCAAAAGGGUCCUUGAUGAUGCAUCUGUUAAGAAUAAGUUUCAAAUCCGUGCCUGGGUCACCGUCUCUCAAUCAUGUGACUUUGAGAAGCUCCUCAGAGGCUUGAUCCGCCAAUUACAAGCUUCUUUUAACGAACCAGUGGUCUCACUGAUGGACUCCAUGGAUAUCUAUGACUUAAAAGCAGUUGUGAAAGACCUUCUCCAGUGAGCAAGGUAUGUAAUUGUGUUUGACGACCUGUGGGACAGAGAAUUUUGGGAUGCAUUCAAGCUUGUCCUUCCUGAAAACAGCUUUGCUGGCAAUUGUGUUAUGGUGACAACACGAAUUGCUGAUGUAGCUUUGGCUGCUUGCAAAGGAUCUCAAGGGUUCGUUCACAAGAUGGAGCACUUGACUUUUGAAGAGUCCUGGACUCUAUUUUGCCGUGAUACAUUUCAGGACAACUUUUGCCCUGCCCAUUUGAAAAAUAUUGUUGAGGUUAUAGUGGGGAAGUGUGAAGGCUUGCCAUUGGCGAUUGUUACAAUUAGUGGACUUUUGGCUACAAAAGAUGUAAGCAGGAUAGAUGAAUGGGAUCGGGUUAGAAGCAGGCUUGGGGAUGAAUUUGAGGGCGUGGGAAAGUUGGAGAGAGCUAAAAAGAUACUCCGUCUCAGUUAUGAUGAUCUGCCAUCAACUCUUAAGACUUGUCUGCUGUAUACUAGCAUUUACCCUGAAGACUAUGAAAUACAAGGCGAUCAUCUGAUCCAUUUGUGGGUUGCCGAAAGAUUUGUUGAAGGAAGAGCAGGAAUGACAGCAGAAGAAGUUGGAUGGGAUUAUGUCAAUGAACUUGCUAAUAGAAGCUUAAUCCAAGUGAGCGAUGUAAGCUAUGACGGAUCACCCUUUUUUAUUCAUAUCCAUGAUCUUCUGCGAGAAGUUAUUGGUUCUGAGUCAAGAGAGCAAAACAUGAUGACCAUAGUGAGCAAUAUUCAGCAGACAAUGUGGCCAUCUUACAAGGCAAUGCGGCGUCUUGUAUUCCACAAUAGUCCCCCCGAUAACACCAUCGCAGAAAGCUGCCAUCACUUUUGUAAUCUCCGAUCUUUGAUUACAUUAGGAUGCAAACAACCACUGUCUAAGGCCUUGUUAUCUGAGCUUAUGUCCAGUAAGUUUUUAAAAGUACUUGAUUUGGAAGCUGCUCUUUUGGUAGUUAUUCCUAGAGAGAUUUUCAACUUGUUUCACCUGAACUAUUUAAGCCUGACUAACACGAGAGUCAAAACAGUCCCGAAAUCCAUAAAGCGGCUUCAAAAUCUUGAGUGUUUAGAUCUCAAAGGGACGUAUGUGAGAGGUUUACCUAUGGAAAUUCUGAAGUUGCCCAAGCUUCGGCACCUUUUAGUGAAUCAACAUAUUGAUUUUUUUGAUAAAGAUUUGGGAUGUUAUGGCUUUAAAGCUCCAUGUAAAAUGGGAAAGCUUCUUGAGUUACAAACAUUAGAAAGAAUAGAUGCAUCAGAGAAUGAUAAGACACGGAUACUGACUGAGAUAGGAAAGCUGGUUCAAUUACGAACAUUAGGGAUUACUAAUCUGAGAACAACAGAUGGUAAGGAGCUAUGUUCAUCCCUUGAGAAGCUUACCAAUUUGCGGGAACUACGUCUCACGUCUUCAAUUGAAAAGGAUGACAUUAUGCUGAAUUUGAAUCAUUGUCUUCCUGCCUCAUCUCUCCAAUCUCUUUGUGGUCUUUCUUUGAGGGGCCGCCUAGAAACAAUGCCACCAUGGAUAAAAUACCUUCAAAAGUUGGGCAGUAUAAAGUUGACUUGGAGUGGUUUACGGGAGGAUCCACUUGAAUCCCUUCAACAUUUGCCUAACUUGAUAGAGGUUAGUCUUAUUCAAGUUUAUGAAGGAGAAAGUGUGUGUUUCAAGGCUGGAGGUUUUCCAAAGCUUAAGAAGUUGUAUUUAAAGAACAUGAAAGGGUUGAUCUGGUUAAGAGUGGAGGAAGGUGCAAUGCCUCAUGUUAAACGGUUAGUUCUGCAAGAACUUCCGUUGGUGACAGAGCUACCUUCUGGCAUUGAACACUUGAACCAGCUUGAGGAGCUGGAAUUGUGGGCUAUGAGUUCUCAACUCACAAUGAAGCUGGAGUCCGAGACCUUCCCAGAAUACGGAAACAUCGCCCACAUUCCUAAGGUCCUGAUUGGUUUCCUAAGAGAUGGAAGAUGGACUUCUCAUCUACUCUUUCAGAAAACACAAGUACAAGUUGAGCAGACUUUGGAUGCUAAUCCCAUCUCUGGCGGUGAAUCCACCAAACUCUCAACUUGGUUUGCUCAUUUUGUUAAUUUGCCUUCAUAUUUGACAUUGCCUUUUAUUCUCUUUUCGCUGGUUACCAGCUUCUUUCUUUUCAUUUGGACAGAAAGAGGUCUGUAGUUUUGUGUGUCCUUUCCCUCAAUGUGUCAAGUAUAGAGUAUACACACUGUGUUAUUCGAUCUGAGUUCAGCCUGCUUCUCCUAAUUCACACGAAUUGACAGAUUAUGAUGAAAAAUGCUGUUUUCCCCCCUGUUUUGUUGUUAAAUACAUAGGACCAAAGGUCCUUACAUAUAGUUUAUUUUCUGGGCAUUAUGAAGUUACAUUGUCGAAUAAUCAAUGUGUUAAACUUUGACUAUCAUGCUGGCUGUUUCAUCUUUACAAGCAUCUAAGGAUUGCAUGCAUGGAUAGCUAUAUUACACGUAGUCAAAUUUACUUUGCCCAGUAAAUGCAAAUCUGCGGCCUCCCCUAACCUCGUCUCAGUUGCAUUCUUCUCUAAUAUCAAGAUGGUCCUAUUUUCUUGGAGUCGAUUCCGUUGUUUCCAUAUGGUGAAUUUAGGUCGCUAAUCACAUGAUGGAAGAAGUUACUAAAAUAAAAGCACAUCAUCACACUAUGAAGAUAGCUUACAUUGCUGAUCCAUUUGUAUUGAGACUUGUGUGAAUGCAUGAGAUCUUCCUAUCUGAUUUAGUAAAUCCUUGCUGGAGCAUUAAUGCCUUACUGAUUAAAUUCAAGAGUCCAGGUCCAGCCAUAGCAGAAGUUGUGGCUUUUGUUGCAUUUCUUUCUGUUGUUUUUUGGAAUUUGCCCAUCAAAAUCAUUCAUUAGCGAUUCUCUACUACUACAACCGAAAGAAAGCUAUAUACUCUUGACCUGAAAAUCAUUGGAGGUAUUCAAGUACAGCUUCGGAAAUUAAAUUUCAGGCAAGUUUCUGUUCUUUGUCACACAUCAAUGGUACAAUUUUGACUCUGCUGUCAUUCUGAUCUCUGCUAAACUCCUAGUUUCUGGUUGACGGAUUGAAGCCAGCAAUUACUGCUUUAAAAGGAUAGAUUUGGAGAUCAGGAUUUUUAUUAAUCCUACUUGACCUGAGUGGUACUUGAAAAGCCUUGAAUCCGGUCAAAGUUCAGGCAUUUGUAUCGUCGUAUGAUGAUGAUUGUUGUAUACCAAAAUAUUGUGAUGUUAUGACACUGAAAAUGAUCAUGAGUUUGUGACACUCCAGUUCACUGACUGAGUCAAUGGAUGCAGUGAAGGCAACCCCAUUAUUGGGUCUUCGUCAAUUUUUCCUGCGGAAAAACGCUAAGAAUGUCAAUGCUUUUGUUAAACAAAAACGUGUGGGGACCUUUCACUAUUCAUCCUUUCACUAUUCAUUGAUGAUAGAAGCAUGUUAUUCAUUUGUCAUAUUUCCUCAGUUCCAUUAUCACCCGGAUCGCCAAAUUUCGAUAAACAAAUUUCAAGAGAGCUUAAAGAUCAAAAAUAUGGCAGAAGCAUUACCCUUUGUGGAAUUUGCAGCAAAUAAGCUCUUGACAUUUCUGAGUGAAGAGGGAAGCUUGCUGGGAGGACUUCGACUUGAGAUCAAACUCAUUAGCGAUGAGUUUGGUCAUAUGAAGUCCUUCCUCCAGAAGGUGUCAGAUGCCGAUGGAGAAGAUCACGAUCCUCAGCUUUCUGAAUGGAUCAGGCAAGUCAGGGAAGUUUCUCAGGACACUGAAGGUAUUCUGGAUGAAUUUGUGCUUCAUUUCACUAGCCAUCGUCCCGCCGCUUGGCGAUUCUGCAGCUAUGUCCAAUGGGGUUUCACCUCCAUAACACAUUUGCGAACUCGUCGCCGACUUGCUACCAAGUUGAAAGAUCUCAAAGUUCGAGUAAAAAAUAUUUUUGACUCACGUCUUAGGUAUGAAUCACAGAAUGUCAACUUGUUUCCGCGAUUCUCUGAGAAUGUUGCCGCGAUCAAUGCCUGGAGCCAUAGAAAAGAUGAUGAUGCGCUUCUAGCUGAAGAAGUUCAGCUUGUGGGCAUCGCAAAGCCCAAACAUCACCUCAUUUCUCAUAUCCUUGAUGCUGAAUACCACCUACUUAAAGUUAUUGCAGUGCUCGGAAUGGCAGGCCUUGGAAAAACCACAGUAGUUAAAAGAGUUUAUGAUGAUGCUGCUGUUAAAUGUCAUUUUCAGAUUCGUGCUUGGUUUCAUGUCUCCCAGGCGUGUGACUUCCAGGGGCUCCUCAAAGGAUUGAUUCAACAAGUAUUGUCACAAUUCAAUGAAUCCGUACCUACGUUGGACUCAAUGAGUAUUUAUGCACUGAAAGCAUUAUUGAAGGACAUCCUCCAGCGAGGAAGGUACCUAAUUGUGUUUGACGAUAUUUGGGACACAAAGCUUUUGGAUGAAUUCACAUUUGUGUUUCAAGAAAAUUGCUAUGGUGGCAAUCGUGUAAUACUCACAACCCAGAAAGGUGAUGUAGCAUCUGUCUCUAGCUUAGAAUCUCACCACUAUGUCUACAGAAUGGAGUUUUUGAACUUUCAAGACUCGUGGACACUAUUUUGUCGAAAGACAUUCAAAGGCAAGGUUUGUCCGACCCAUCUGAAAAAUCUUGCUGAAAGUAUAGUGAGGAAAUGCGAAGGCUUGCCAUUGGGUAUUGUCACAAUUGGCGGUCUUUUAACUUCGAAAGACUCGAGCAAGAUAAAAGAAUGGGAACUGAUUCUGCAUAGGCUUGGGGAUGAAUUUGAGGGAUCUGGAAAGCUUGACAGAUUGAAAAGGAUACUUUCUCUAAGUUUCCAUGAUCUUUCUCCCACACUUAAGUCUUGUCUUCUGUAUACUCGCAUCUUUCCUGAAGAUUAUAAGAUACCUUGCCGUUUUCUAGUGAAUCUGUGGAUCGCUGAAAGAUUUGUUGAAGAGACAGAAGGACAAACAGCUGAAGAUGUUGGAUGGGAUUAUCUCAAAGAGCUUGCAAAUAGGAGCCUGAUCCAACUGAAUGAGGUACUUUACAAUGGCUUGUACAAAUACAUUCAUAUUCAUGCUCUUUUAAGAGAAUUUAUCACCACCAAGUCAAGAGAGCGAAACAUGGUGACCUUACUUAGUACCAUACAGCAAACAAAUACAGGAUGGCCUUUCAGAAAAGAGAUACGUAGACUGGUUUUUGAUCAUAAUCUCCCAGAAAUCAUCAUUAGUCCGGAAAGGCAGCAUUGUGUUUCAAAUAUUCGAUCCAUAAUUAAUUUUGGAGAGAAAAAAUCACCAUCUAAAGCUGUUUUGAACAAACUUUUGACAAGCAAAUUGUUAUCAGUUGUUCAGCUAAGAGGUAUUGAUUUGGAAGAGAUUCCAAAGGAGAUUUUCAAAUCGUCGCACCUCAAGGUUUUAGGCAUAAGUGGCGAGAAGAUUAAAACUGUCCCGAAGUCCAUCAAAAGGCUGCGAAAUCUCGAGUAUUUGAAUCUGAUAGGGUGUCAAAUAAAGGAAUUGCCCAUGGAAAUCCAGAAGCUUCAGAAACUUCGUCACAUUGGGUUAUAUCAGCGAGCUAAGGAUACCUCACCCGGAGAUUUUCAUUAUAUUGGAUUUGAAGCUCCAAGUGGAAUGGGAGAGCUUCAUGAGUUACGAACAUUACGUAUUUUAGAUGUAGCAGAGAGCUGUAAGACUGGAAUUGUGAACGAAAUCGGGAAGCUAACGAAGUUAAGAGAGUUAUGGAUCACAAAGUUGAGAAGGGAAGAUGGAAAGGAACUCUGCUGUUCACUAGAGAAGCUCACAAAUCUGCAAGAACUAGUUAUCGCGUCUUCACAUGAAAAGGAUAUUGAGGCAGUAACAUUGGAUCUAAAUCAUCCUAUUUCUGCCUCGUCUCUUCAAUCCCUUUGCUGGCUCAAACUGUUUGGCUGUUUAGAGAAGAUUCCACCAUGGAUGGGAAAUCUUCAGGGAUUGGAAAGGAUAACUUUAAGUUUGAGUAACUUAACUGAGGAUCCGCUCGAGACUCUCCAACAUAUUCCCAACUUGUUUGACGUAACUCUCAUCCAAGCAUACAAAGGGGAGAGUUUACGUUUCAAGGCUGGACGUUUUCUAAAGCUCAAGAGAUUGUUCUUAGGGUGUAUGAAAGGAUUGAGAUGUGUGAGAGUUGAGAAGGGUGCAAUGCCUGGUAUCAAUACACUGAUUAUGGCAGAACUUCCAUUAGUAAGGGAAUUACCUUUUGGUAUUGAAAACUUGAGGCAGCUUCAAGAGGUAGAACUAUGGAGUAUGAGUACUGAUCUCAGAAACAAGUUGGAGAAUGCCGCGGACUCAGAAGAAGAAAGUGAAGAUAGCAAAAGAAUCUCCCACAUUCCACAAGUGAUCAUUUGGUCUCGGCAAGGCGCGCAAUGGAAAUGUCGCCAGCUAACCCGAAGGAAGGAUCUCAAGAACUUCAUCCGGAGAUCUCAAGUACUGAAAUGCAAGUCGAACGAACUUCACUCAAGUUGUUCCCUUUUUUGGCUGUUGCAUUUGCCCUUCUAAUCCUCCUAGUCAUCUCUGUUGCUUCAACCACGACUAACAUGUCAUAAUUAUGCUCUCUCUCUCUCUCUCUGUGUUAGUCUUGGCUUCCUUCGUCUCUCUUUAUUUUUACAUUAGGAAAUGCCUGUGAUUUUCUUCUUUGUUUCUUCCCUCAAAGAAGUUCCUUUGGGAUUACCUCAAAGAACUUGCAAACAGGAGCCUAAUCCAAUUUCA